AUGACUAUUCACUUCGAAGCAACCUACAACAAACAAACCAAGCAUGUCAUCGCCGAGUCCACCACCUGGAGCGACCUCUCUUCAAAGCUCCGCAUGCUAUUCUCGAUUCCAUCCUCGAAAAUGAUAAUCGUUUCGUACAUCAAUAAGGAUGGGGAUGCAAUUGCAUUGUCGAAUGAUUCGGAUCUACGUGAACUUGCUUCACAUGAAGGAUCGACGGUUAAAUUGACAUUAUCAACGGGUAGUGAGAAAGAUGAUAGUAGUGGGGAUGAGAGCUGGAUAGUUGAAGAAAGUAAAUUUGGCGAAAAUCCAUUUUCCGAUACGGAAGGUUCCGACAAGGCACGUUUGAAUGCCAAAUCUUCUAUUGAACAUACUGAAUUCCCACCACUCACAAGCCCACCAAGUUAUCGCUCAGUAACUCUAACGGACGAAAAGGACGAAGACGAACUCGACUCAACCACUCGCUCUGUCAACAAGGGUAAAGAAAAGGAUGACUCACCGACACGUACCUUGUCGGAUAAUCCACAUCCAGAGAACACGUCACGGCCACCAUUUAUGGAUCUUGUAGAGCAAUUCCAAAAUAUACUUGACCAAUUUAAAGAUGUUUUCGACCGAAAUCCACAACUAAUCGACAGUGUAAAUGUUGUAAUGGAUCGUAUCUUAGCUGGAUCAUUUGUAGAUGUACAGGAUUAUACUGAUUGGUUGGAGUCGUUCAGGAAUUUUGGAUUUGGAAAAUUCGGGAAAGAGAAAGAGAAUGCUUCUAGUAAUUGUGGAUUUGGAAAAUUCGGGAAAGAGAAAGAGAAUGCUUCUAGUAAUUGUUGCAAUGAUCAACGCAGUUGCCAAAAUAGGUGUGGGAAAAAUGCGAAUUGUAAACGAACGGCUAACCCAGAAAACGACAACUCGGAAUCCUAUGAUAGGAUCUACAUAACGUUCCGCAGUCAUCCACAUCCAAUGUUCGCCCCUAGACCCGUGUUCGGUCAUCCACUACUAUAUGCUCCAUGGCAUCAUCGGACACCAUUCAAUGCAUUCUAUAGCAACCCAUUCUUCACACCAUUCUCAUUUUUUGAUGAUGACGACGCCGCAUUUCGAUAUUUUACACCCUACACAUACGCUCCAUUUUAUACUCCGAGGAGUAUUCCAACUAUAUAUGUUACAAGACCUCCUACAUCCCCGGCGGACGAGAAACGAGCAGAGAGUUCAACCAAAGGCUCCGAGUCUGCAAAGACAUGUAAUUGGAAGAACGGGAGAAAUAGAUGUAACGGGGCAAGAUUUGGGGCACCAAUUGCGUCAGAAAGAAGUUGUAGGUAUGCGUGCCGUCAGCGAUCUGCAUACAGCAACGGCAGUGGUAGCAAUGCUGAUGCCAAUUUCAAUGUGUCCGAGAAGAUCACACUACUGAAUGCAAUGGGAUUCGAAGACAAUGUUCAGAAUGAGGAUUUACUAAAACGUUAUAAUGGGAAUGUCGAUCGUGUGGUUGAAGUGCUGUUGCAGCGUAAACAAGAAACGCUGAAGCAAGAGCAACAGAAGGAACAACCACGUCCGGAUGGCGAAGAGAAAACUGAGGUCGAUGGUGAUAACUUUAGCGAGGCUGAAUCUAAACCAUAUAGUCUGAAAAUUUAA